AAACCUCCGUUUGACCCUUUUACCUUUCGAGAGAGAAGAAAGAAGGAUGACGAAGCUCGACGUUCUCCGUCGCUACCUCCUCCCGUGCGUCUCACCUCCGACGAAUCCAACCGCCGCGCCGCCAUCCACCGGACCAGUCUCCAAGAAACGUCUCAGCACUUCCCUCAGAGACGACAUCGACGUCCAAGACUCCGCUUCUUCCUCCGCCUCUUCCUCCGAGGCCACAUCCUUCGCCGCCGCCGUUGAUUCCGACUCCGACUACCUCUCCGUCGCGACGCAGCCGCCGAGACCCUCGAAGACGAUGGUCAUCGGUACGCUAUUCGGGAGGAGAAAGGGACACGUGUGGUUCUGCGUGCAGCACGACCGUCUCUCCGUUAAACCUCUCCUCCUCCUCGAGCUCUCCAUCGCGACGAGCCAGCUUGUUCACGAGAUGGGUUCUGGUCUCGUUCGCGUCGCUCUUGAGUGUCCCACCCGGCCUGAGUUGAAGUCUUGCCUCUUGAGAUCAGUGCCGGUUUGGACCAUGUUCUGCAACGGGAGGAAGCUAGGGUUUGCUGUGAGGAGGAGAGCCAAGGACGAGACGAGAGUGAUGUUGAAGAAGCUUGAGUCGAUGACUGUUGGUGCGGGCGUGUUGCCGUCGGGUUCCGGGUCGGGGGAAGCGGAUCUUGACGAGGUUAUGUAUAUGAGAGCGAACUACGAGCAUGUUGUUGGAAGCUCUGACUCCGAGUCGUUUCAUCUCAUCAACCCGGAUGCUAACUCGGCUCAAGAACUCAGCAUCUUCUUGCUCAGAACCUCUGCCUAAUUACCUUCUUGUGGUAUAAUUAUGAAUGCUUUUCAUCUAUAGGUUUAGAGGUCCUAGUGUUUUGACUUCUUAUUAGUGAGAAAUUUCUAAGUGGAUUUGAGUUCUCGAUUGUUAAACAUUUUUUGUU